UCAAGUUUCAAACUUUUUGAGGCGGAGUCAAGUUACAAACUUCUGUAACUGAUCUCGAAGAGAGAAAGAAAAAAAGUUCUUCAAUUAUUUACUCACCAGUAGGCUGGCUAGCUUGCUACCUAAUACAGAGCACUGUCAGGAGUUGGGUGUCUUAAAAUCGUUGCGGGGUUUCGCUAAGGAGGCACACUCCGAAAGAGAAACAAGACGGGGUUUGGUUGUCAUAAUGAAGGUUUGGGAUUUAGUUCAGAUGAAGAUUUGAAGAAAUAGUACAGACCACACGGUUUUCCCCUCGACCCAUAUCCGGUUUGUGUUGAAGAAGGAGGAAAGCAGGCUGUUGCAGAUCUGAGGGGAGUCGCCGCUGUGCGCUGUGAAUGCAUGCCUGCUCAGAAUUGUGCAGAACCCCUGACAGAAGGAGUGGGUGGAAGAGGGAGAGAGAGAGAGUGGCAGCGCGUGAAUCGGAGCCGUGCGGACCGAGCUGCUGGUUCCACUUCAGAUGUCAGCGCUUUACUCCUCGGACAUGGACUCCUUCAGCACCAAGAGCCUGGCGCUGCAGGCCCAGAAGAAGCUGAUGAGCAAGAUGGCCACCAAAAGCGUGGCCAACCUGUUCAUCGACGACACCAGCAGCGAGGUGCUGGACGAGCUGUACCGUGUGACCAAGGAGUACACGCGCAACCGCAAGGAGGCGCAGAAGAUCAUCAAGAACCUCAUCAAGAUGGUGGUGAAGCUGGGCGUGCUGUACCGCAACAACCAGUUCAGUGGCGAGGAGCUGGUGCUGGUGGAGAACUUCCGCAAGAAGGUGCACACGCUGGCCAUGACGGCCGUCAGCUUCCACCAGAUCGAGUUCACCUUCGACCGGCGCGUGAUGAGCAACAUCCUCAACGAGUGCCGGGAGCUGCUCCACCAGGCCAUCAACCGCCACCUCACCGCCAAGUCCCACUCCCGCGUCAACCACGUCUUUAACCACUUCUCCGACUGCGACUUCCUGGCGGCGCUCUACGGCCCGUCGGAGGUCUACCGCCCGCACCUCCAGAAGAUCUGCGACGGCCUCAACAAGAUGCUGGAUGAAGGCAACCUUUGACCUUACCCCCUUUGACCUCCUUUGCUAAAGCUACGUUGUUUUUUUACACGUUUAUGUGAACAUGUGUUUUUUGGUUUUUGUGUGACCUUCUCCAACUUACACUGAAGGAUAUGUACAGCUGGAGGAACAUUCUCCCUCCUGUUUUUAUUUCUUCUUCCCAAAGAGGACCUGGACAGGGCUGACUGAAUGUGCCUGUCACGUCUUAUAGCUCGCCCAUCUAGAAGAGAACAUUGAACUGUCAGUGCAUUGAGCUGCUUGUCUCCUGUUGCCUUGCAUUCUUUUCUGUUUUUAAAACUCAGUAAAAUGCAGAAUACCAAAAUAAAAUGUCGGUUCAGUUACUAUUUGACCAUUAGACCGGCUCGAGUGGUUUCAUGAAACUUGUUUAGUGGGCCAUUUUCCUGAAAGCAGGGUUUCCUAGGGCUUGCAGCACAGCAGGCUGUCAUUCUGCAUAAUCCACUGUAAUUUAGCAUUUGCUGGCUGUAACUAGUUCAGUUAGAUGGGUUGCUUCUCCAGGUAGGAUGUAGUAAUUACAGUAAUCUGUCAUUACUGAAGGAAUUUCUGAAGGUUUUUCUUCCCCAGCAUAUGGAGUUUGUCGGUGUGAUUUUAGAGUGUACAGUAUAUUCACUUUAAAGACAAAAGUGACUAUUUUGUAGUGUAUACAAGGCAGUGAACCCAGUCCAAGAAAAAUCUUUUUGGUGGUCCUAACACUAAUAGGCCAAUUGCACAGCCUUGCUGUUAUGGUAACAAAGCUCCAUUUUCUUUCUUUUUCUUUUUUUGUUGUUGAAGAAAUAACGUUUGUCUGUACUGUAAUGCAGCUACAUUGUUAACACUGUAUUAGGAUUGCGACUUGCUGCCCUGUUGUGCAAAACGUCCGUAUUGCUUCAGAGAGGGACAGGAUGAUUGUGAAAACAGCGAAUAGGGAACUGCAACUCGAGCUUUAUUUUGCAGACCAUGGGCAAGCUCUUUCCCUAUUUAUUGCAGUGCAAAAAUGAUUGUGGAAUUGGUCAAAACACAUGACAGUUUAUUGCAGUGGGUAUCGUAGGCUUACGUUCCCUUUAACUGUACAGUGCACUACAGACAGUGUCGGUCAUCACUGUCUUUCUACCCAAACAUCACUCUCAUCAGAAUUUAUGUCCGCCCCUCUCCUCAACCACCGCCGCCCGUUUAAUGUGAUGAUGAGAGUUCUUUGCUAUAAGCAAGCCCUAUGCAGGAAACAAAGUGAAGUAUUGAUUAUUUUAAACUGUUCAGCUGAAAGGGACUCCCUGUCUGGUGAAUGCGAGUCAUGUUAGAUUAGUGCGAGCUGUUUCAUGGAUGUGCUUUCUUGUGCUUUCUUAUUGUGCCCUUGUACAUUUUUGCUAAAGAACUUUACUGUAAGGGAAACGCACUCCCCGAAUGUUCCCUGAGGAACUUUCCCCGCCUCUCUCCUCUGUCAGUGCAACGCUUAGCAUACAUAACGGUUUUGCCAAAGAGAAAUGUAUUUUUUUAACCGCCGUCAGCCACAGCUCCAAUAUUCAGAUGCACUUUCAAGACUAUGACUCAUCAGUGUGCACUCACACUUUAUCACUGUUUUCCUAUAGAUACUGUCAUUAUUAUUGUUGUUGUUGUUAUUAUUAUUAUUGUUAUUACCAUCUUUAUUUUCAUUAUGAAGACAUAUCUCCUUCCACCCUCACACCUCCUAUAUAAAUCUGUUCCCUGUGUGGUCAACUGGUGUAGUAUUCUUAUUGCCAGCGGACUAAGUAAUCAAGAUGCAUUCUGGGAUUCAUUUCAGUGACCAACAGUUAUAAGCAAUACGCUGAUUACCGAGGUGCUGCUUACAUGAGCAGAAAGGACACGUCAUCCAUACCGGCUCAAAAUGGUGUCGGUGGCUUUUAUGUCCUAACGGGCUGCAUGGCCAUACAGUUUUAAUCUUCCCAAUACUUUCUCAGGGUUGUUUUGGAUGGCUUUAUGGAAAAUGGUUAUCAAAACGCAGGUUUGAGCAAAGGAAUCAAACCUGUAGAAUUAUUAUAUGCAGAACUCUGCACGCUAAUUGUAAGGUUCUGCUUAUCUGUACCGUGUGAUUGUUAUUGUUGCUUUUGUUAUUCUUAUUUUCCAAGAACAAAUGUUUGUGUAAAUAAUGUGUUUUUGAUUUUUGUUUCAUGUUCCUUUAUUUUCCGGGAAAACAAAAAUACAUGUACUCUUUUUAAAAAAAUAUAUAAAUAAUAAAUUCUCCUCUGUGUAGCUGAA